AUGCCCCCUAGGAAGAAGACCGCGGACGCGUCUCAAACGGACGGUGCCGCCGCCCCUGCCGCCCCGACGCGUGCGAGCGGGCGCACUCGCGCGCCCUCGGCCAAGGCCGUCGCCGUCGCUGCGGUGGCUGCCACCCAGCCAGCGGCCAAGUCGCGGGCGAAGCGUAACGGGAAGGCAGCGAAGGGGAAAGGACGGAGCAAGAAGCUGGCGAGCGUGCCGGAGGACAAGGACGUGGAGAUGGACGCUGACGCUGACGCUGAGGAGGAUGAGGAUGAGGAAGAUGAGGAUGAGGACGCAAAAAAACCAGCCAGCAAGAAACCAGCCAGCAAGAAGCCCGCGAGCAAGGCUAAGCCAGCAAGCAAAGCAAAGCCAGCGAGCAAGGCCAAGCCAGAGAGCAAGGCGAAGGGCAAGGCGAAGGACCCUGCGGACCUGCCGCAGAAAAUGGUAACCGUGCUGAAGCGCGGCGCGGCACCUGUCGACGAGCACUCGGGUAUGGUAGACACCCACCAGGUGGUGUCCACCCCGGAAGCCGUCUGGGAGGCCAUGCUCAACCAGACAGACCUCACGAAGAAUGCGAACAAAUUCUACGUUCUUCAGCUUCUUCACCCAAUCAGCAACCCGACCACUUGUACCCUCUUCACUCGCUGGGGCCGUGUUGGUGAGCGCGGGCAGAGCCAGCAGAAGGGUCCAUUCUCCAUUUCUGCUGGUAUCGCCGCGUUCAAAGACCAGUUCAAGAGCAAGACUGCGACCGCCUGGGACAACCGCGUUGGGAUGACGGCACACAAGGGCAAGUAUACUUGGCUGGAACGAUCUUACGACGAAGAAGACGAUAAAGACGACGGAAAGGAUCAAAAUGCCGCGACCUCUUCGAAUGACAAGAGCGUGGAGAAGAUUCCCGACUGCACCCUCGCAAACGAGAUACAAGUCCUCAUGAAGCUUAUCUUCAACGCUUCGGUGAUGGACGCGGUCCUCUCGUCAAUGAACUACGACGCCAACAAGCUCCCGCUAGGCAAGCUCGCAAAGUCGACCAUCCUACAAGGCUUCGCCGCCCUCAAAGAGUUGUCCGAAGUGAUCAACCAGCCCAACGGGCCUGUCGCCACCGCCAACGGAGGAUUCCGCAAGGCCGUCCAAGAUCUGACUGGCCGCUACUACUCCAUUAUCCCCCACGUCUUCGGCCGCAACCGCCCGACGGUGAUCGACGACGCCGCGCUCCUGAAGAAGGAGCUCGAGCUCGUCGACGCGCUCGGCGACAUGGAGGUCGCCUCGAAGCUGCUCGCGAGCUCGAUCCCGCGCGGGCCCGACGGCUCGCCGUCCAACCCGCUCGACGCCCGCUUCCGCUCGCUCGCGCUCAGCAAGUGCGACCCCGUGGCGCGGACGGGCGCCGAGUUCGCCGCGCUGCAGGCGUACGCGCGGGACACGCACGGCGCGACGCACAGGCAGUUGAGCGUGGAGGUCAUGAACGCGUACCGCGUCGAGCGCGAGGGCGAGACUGCGGCGUGGGACACGGCCGGGUUCGGCGGCUUGCCGGACGGGGAGCGGUUCCUGCUGUGGCACGGGUCGCGGACGACGAACUUUGCGGGUAUCCUGAAGCAGGGGCUGCGUAUCGCGCCUCCCGAAGCCCCUGUUACUGGGUACAUGUUCGGCAAGGGUGUCUACUUCGCGGACAUGAUGUCCAAGUCUGCCAACUACUGCCACGCCUAUCAGAGCGACGACACCGGUCUGCUCCUCCUGUGCGAGGUCGCCGCGAAGCCGUUCUACGAGCUGACCACAUCCAACUACAACGCCGACCAGGGCUGCAAGACUGCCAAGGCGAGGGCCACGAAGGGUCUCGGCCGCACGCAGCCCGGCGCGUGGCAGGACGCCGGAGAGGCGCUCGGGCACCCCGAGCUGCGCGGGUGCCACAUGCCCAAGGGCCCCGGGAAGGAUGUCGACGACUACUCGGGCCACCUGCAGUACAACGAGUACAUCGUGUACGACGCGUCGCAGAUCCGGCUCCGGUACUUGCUGAUGGUGAAGAUGAAGUGA